UACAACAAAAUCAUUAAAUUCAUAAAAGUUCAUGGUUACUAAACAAUUUUGAGUUCUCAAGUUCGAGUUAUAAAAGAAAUUCAGAGAAAAUGGCGGUGAGAUUCAAGAGGAUAACAACGGCUUUAGAUGACGACGCUAGGGCACGGUUAUGCCAGAGCAGUGGAAGCGAGCAUUCCGCGAACUCAGUCACAGAUCUUUCAGUUCUAGUUGACUCGUUUUUCGACGGAGAAGAUGAUGAUAAUGAUCGAGGUAAAUCCUGCAUUGAACACGAUGAUCUGGAAGAGACGGAGGAGUAUCAGAAGGCGGAGAGUUUUUACGGUACGGAUUCUGACGUGAAGGAAAUGUUGAUGGAUCUCAUCGGCGGUUGUACGGAUGAUGACGAUGACCGUAUGAAGCGUGCGAUUGGUUUCGAGGUGGAAAAAGUAUGCCGGAGUUUUGAAAAUACUUCGUCGGAGGGGUUUAAACGGAAUCUGAUGACCGUACUUCGUCAGAGAGGAUUUGAUGCUGGUCUCUGCAAGUCACGAUGGGAGAAAACCGUACGGUAUCCCGCCGGCGAGUACGAAUACAUCGACAUUCUAAUCUCCAGCAACCGCUACAUCAUCGAUCCAGCGUUCGUAUCCGAAUUCACAAUCGCACGACCAACAAAAACCUACCAGUCCUUGCUCGAAAUAAUACCUAAAAUCACAGUAAUCAAACCAAACGAGUUGAAGAAACUGGUGAGGCUAAUGUGCGCCGCGAUGCGAGACUCUUUAAAAGCUAGAAACAUUGUGGUUUCACCGUGGAGAAAAAACGGUUACAUGCAAACGAAAUGGUUAGGAUCGUAUAAACGAACGACGAACCCGUUGAAAUUAACGGAGAUGAGGCAUUACGGUGACGGUAACGGUGAGUUUAACUGUGAGAGUUUGUUAGGGUUUGAGUAUUCACCGGUGGUGGUUGGUGGUAAAAGUUAUUGUAGGAAGGAGGUUAGGAAAAUGCAUGUGGUUGGUAAUUUGAAAGCGUUAAUGUUGAGUGGCAUGUCGUAGUAAAUAAGAUGUGGAUAGGAGGGUGUCAUUGUAAAUAUGUUGGAAAAGGGAAUGGUUAUCAUUGAAGACAGUUUUUGGAUAAUUUUAUUUUAUAAUGGCGUUGACGUGACAAUGUGGACAUUUUUGUGUUUA